AUGCCAGCAGACGCGCAGACUACCGUGAGCCCACGCGCCACCUCGAGAAUGCUGUAUCAGGCGAUUGAUGAGUGCCGUGGAGAGCAUCUUACUCGUGAGAGUCAGGAGCAUUUCCUGAACGCACUCAUCUUCAAGCAUCAGCUGCAAUUUGAUGCAAAACAUCUGCGACGUCACAUUGCACUCAGGUCCAGGCUGAAGAAGAAUCCCAGUCACACCGUCAACGAGUUCUGGCGCCUCGGCUCCGACUUCUUUACAGAGCAGCACCUGCGUGAUAUUGGAUACCGCCGGCAGACCACAUCUGGCACAGAGCCAUCCACCCACACGACGAACACCGAGAUUGACGAUUCGCAAGGUUCGCACGUUACGCAAUCCAAGAGUCGCUCGCCACCCGUAAUUGCCGGCACCAAGCGUGGCGUAGAGGAGGCACUAGAACUCUCAUCCGACGAGGAGAUGGAGGUCGCUCAUCGCCCAACGAAAGCCAAGAAGACAGAUGGCGCAGGAAGCAAAAUCUUAGCUGCCGCGCCUGCUCCGAAGUCAAAGAAGCGAGCUCUUGACCAGCGCGAGGUACCAAGCAGCAGUGACCAGGAGCUAGACCGGGACUCGAAACGUCGAAAAGUUGAUGCAGAUAUCAACGCAAGUCUGCGACCAUCCAAGCCAAAUCAGGAGGCUCCAAUCAUCACAGGUAGCAAGGAGACCGCGACUGCGGCAGCCUCAGCUAGUGGGGACACGCAGCAGAACGCUACGAAGGAAGCGCCCACAGUGGCCGAACUGGCACAAGCGGCAGACGCCAUUAGAAAUGGUUCGAGAAAGCCGCGCUGGGACGACUGGCGUUUAGAUCGUGCUUUCCAGCCAAUCCAGGAUACCAGAGCGAGCUUCUGCGAGGCUCAGAAACAGAAGCUUGGGGAGUGGGACGCUGUGGACACUGAGAGACCACUUUUCCCUCCUGAGCUGCCACUGCCAGGAGACCUUAACGAUAGAGCAAGAAUGGAGAUAUACAACCGCGUUCUCGGGAACAUCGACAGCAACAUGAAAAGCGCAUGGUGGCAAACGAUGUGCUUGUUCGUUAAUUUCACCGAGAACAAUAAUCUGGAGAAACGUGGCCCAGCUCAGCUCGUCCAGGAUGCUUCGCCAGAGCUGAGCGCAUUGUACGAGAGAGUCUUCGCCACUAAAGAGUGGUUUAGCAGCUUCACUAGGCGCGUGAACCAGGACAAAGCGUGGGGCCUCGAAGCGGAAGACGUCUUCACCAGCAUGGUGGCUGCCGCGGUAUACAAGGAUGUCUUCACUGCCAAGCAGCCAUGGGAAGUGGGCGACAGUAUCAAGGACGCGCUUGGAGACAAGUACAAGUUCCUCGAGGAGACCAUCAAGGACGAAGGUCACAGGUUGGACAUACUGCUCAAGGUGUGCUCGUACAAGGUCGUCAACGACAAGAAAUUUCAAGAGACCGCAAUAGCAGAGCACGCAAGAUUCCUUGCAGCCAAGCUUCUGACAACUCUGACGCCUCAUCUCCUGCUGUUCCGCAACACACAGAAGCCUCCCAAGCCCGAUGAAAACCCACAUUAUCGACCGGAUUUACAGCCGCGUCUAGGUUCAGUGUUGCUCGAGAUGCUGGAGGAACUCUAUCAUGAGUGCUUGGUCUCGAAGGGCAAAAUGGAGUCGUAUUGGGAAGCUCGCUAUGAAUAUUUGUGGCCCGACGCCAACACCGUGAUGGACCGAAAGGCGUGUAUUUCAAUGAACCAAUCCAAUGACGAGAAAAAGAUCAUGUUGACCUAUUGGCCUGCUGUCCGCUGCAGCAAAACUGGAUAUGACGGAGUGGAGGAAGUCUGGUUCGCGUCCAGGGCAAGAGUACGAGCAUGCCCAAGCUUGGAGUAG